AUGGGUUCCAUGAACUGGUUAGGUUUUUCUCUUUCACCUCAAGAACCUCACCACCACCACCAUGACCAUCAAGAUCAUUCUCAGUCAACAGUCUCUCAUCACCGUCUUGCUGGCUUCAACUCUGAUGAAAUCUCCGGUAACGAUGUCUCCGGCGAGUGCUUCGAUCUCACUUCUGAUCACUCCACUGCUCCUUCCCUAAACCAACUCCCUCCCCCUUUUGGCAUACUCGAAGCUUUCAACAGAUCAAACAAUCACUCUCAAGAUUGGAACAAUAUGAACUCGGUCUCUGAAACCAACUACAAGACCAGCUCAUCGGACUUGUCUAUGCUAAUGGGAAGCAAUAGCCAAAACCAACAACAACACGAGCAACCGAAGCUCGAAAACUUCCUCGGCCAACACUCUUUCGCCGAUCACGAUCAUCACCACCAUCAACACCACGCAUACAACACCAACACUACGGCCGACUACAUGUUCCAAGCCUCAUGCGCGGCUUCCUUGAACAUCGCAUCAUCCGAAGCAGCGGCCGCGGCCCCUAAUAACAAUGGCGGUGCAAGUGGCGGCGGCGGAGCCGGAAGCUCCAUUGGGCUGUCUAUGAUCAAGACGUGGCUUAGGAACCAACCUGCACCGACGCCUCAGCCGACUGAGACCAAGAACGACUGUAGCGGCGGAGGAGCCGGUGCAACUGCGGCGGCGAGUACUACUAGUCAUCAGACUCUUUCGCUUUCGAUGAGUACUGGAUCGCAGUCUAGCUCGGCUUUGCCUCUUCUUACGGCGGGAGGUACUGGGAGUGGCGGAGAGAGUUCUUCUAUAUCGGAUAGUAGUAAUAAGCAGCCAAGGACGACAGCGGCUGCGGCUACUGCAACGGGGGUUGAUAGUCCGACAACCGCAAUCGAGGCGGUUCCUAGAAAAUCCAUUGACACUUUCGGACAAAGAACAUCUAUAUACCGUGGUGUAACUAGGCAUAGAUGGACAGGUAGAUAUGAGGCUCAUCUAUGGGAUAAUAGUUGCAGAAGAGAAGGACAAACUCGCAAGGGAAGACAAGGUGGUUAUGACAAAGAAGAAAAGGCAGCUAGAGCUUAUGAUCUAGCAGCAUUGAAAUAUUGGGGUACCACAACCACUACCAAUUUUCCUAUCAGCAAUUACGAAAAAGAAGUGGAAGAAAUGAAGCACAUGACAAGGCAGGAAUAUGUAGCAUCUUUGCGAAGGAAGAGUAGUGGGUUCUCUCGUGGUGCAUCCAUUUAUCGAGGGGUAACAAGACACCACCAGCACGGGAGAUGGCAAGCAAGAAUUGGACGAGUUGCUGGAAACAAAGACCUCUACUUAGGCACAUUCAGUACCCAAGAGGAAGCAGCAGAAGCAUACGACAUCGCAGCAAUUAAGUUUCGAGGACUAAACGCAGUAACCAACUUCGACAUGAGCAGAUACGACGUCAAAUCCAUAUUGGAGAGCAGCACACUGCCGAUUGGAGGAGCUGCCAAGAGACUAAAAGACGCCGAACAAGCCGAGAUAAUGACAGUCGAAGGCCACAGAACCGAUAAUGUCGAAGACAACAUGACCUCUCCACUCACGGACGCAAUCACCAACUACAACGCCGCAGCCGUGGCUGCUGCCGCGGCCCACCACGGUGGCUGGCCCGCCUUGGCGGCAUUCCAACAGACUCACCAUCAGCCUUUCACUAUGCACAACUACCCCUACGGAGGUGGACAGAGGCUUUGGUGCAAGCAAGAACAAGAUUCUGAUAACAGUGCUUUUCAUCAUGACCAGCUUCAGCUGAGCAACACCCACAAUUUCUUUCAGCCCAACUCCUCAUCCGUUUUGCAUAAUCUAAUGGGGAUGGACUCUUCUUCCAUGGAGCACAGCUCAGGGUCGAACUCUGUUAUGUACAGCAGUAAUGGUGGUGAUCAUCAUGGUAACGGGUACGGGAACGGUGGAUAUGUCGUUCCUAUGGCUACUGUGAUAACAAACGACGUCGUUGGGAACCACCAAAGUAAUAGUACUAAUAACAACAGUAAUGGUUUUGGCGAGCAUGAAAAUGUGUUCGGUUCUAGUACAAGUAACGACCCUUAUAGCCAUGCCAGGAGCUUGUACUACAUGUCACAGCAGUCACCGGUGACCGUCGGCGUUGUUAAGGCUAAUAGUACGGCCUAUGACCAGGGCUCGGCUUGCAGCAAUAAUUGGGUUCCGACCGCUGUUCCAACUCUUGGCCCAAGGUCAUCGAAUAUCAACAUGGCUGCAGCUGUGUGCCAUGGGACUCCAACCUUCACUGUGUGGAACGACACUUAAUUCAUUGUCGUUUGAUGAAGAAGAAAAAGAAGAGAAAUAGUAGGGAAAUUAAUGGGUUUAUCUUUUUAUUGUUAGGAAUUAAAAACAAAAAACAAAAAAAAAAAGGGUAGGAUGUAUACGACAACUGGGUUCCUAAUUUUGAUUUUCAGUUUUUUUUUUUUUUAAUGUGUUAAUUAUUUUACUAAUUAUCACCUAGGAUAUUAAUAUAGGUUUAUUUUUUUUGGUUCUCUUUCUAACUUAGUGCAAUAUAGGCUAUUGCAUGCAAAAAGGGGUCUCUAUAGUUCAUUUGAAGUUCAGCAAUAGCAUAUGAGAAUUAUUAUGUGUUUUCUCACUUGCUAUGAAUUUUGGGAACUUCAUAUUUGAAUGUUGUUGUACCCUCUCGGAUGUU